GCCUAUCGUUGAGGUUAUUAGCUGAUACAUAACAAACCGCACCAACUCAAUCCAUCCCAUUUUCUUACUCGAUCAUUACUCGAUAAUUACUCGAUGAAAACUCAUAAUCACCGACGAGUAAUACCAAGUCCAUUAUAUAUGCGUAUGUGGCUUUGAGCAUCCAUCAAUGCCGUACGAAUCAUUGGCUUGACACAUUGUUGGGAAUCCUCUCACGCAUUGCUAUGCGAUGACAACGCCAAAAACGUACGUCUCAAGCAGAAAUCGACUUUGUCUUUGAACCGAGGAGGAUGCAAAGCAUCGAGAUGGGAAGGGACGGGACGUACUUCGAAGAUUGGAUCCGCUCACUACAGCGUACCAAUAAUUGUGAAGAAUUGUCGAAAUUAUACACGAGUAUCCUCAUGUGGACUUUUUCAAUCAACAUUGUUCACCGCAGUCGUCACAAUCCAAGUAAGUGAAGAGCUAAUUGAAAACGAUGAGGGAGAAUGAAUUGUAAAGAAAGAGAUGUUAUUUUCAAGAAGAUGUAGGAGUCGCCAUAUACCACUUCGAUCACGUAUAAUAGCCGGGGGCAAUCGCCAGCCAAAAUGCGUUCUUGCCGCGUGAAAAUUGAACGCCAUUUGACGACUGAACUACGAGAAAUGAUGAGAUCAUUGCCAACACCACCAAUUACCCAAACGACUCACUCUCGUAAUACAUUACACCAAGUCGACGAAAUCAAGAAAUAUCGAGUUGUUCUUCUAAAUUCGUUGAUAUUCUCAUUAUGUGUGAUUUCAAGUCUAUUUUUGACCCUUUUCGAUUCUGUUUGGUUUCCCGUCGUCAAAAAAUACCCACCAUGAAGCUUGAUCAAAUAUCAAUCACCGAGAUAUUGGAUGGUUUAAAAAAAGGAAGUUUCUCAAGUGAACAGCUUAUUAGGGCCCGUUGAUGCCCAUAAUGACUUCUUUGUCGUAUCACUAACGAUAAUGAAGACUUACAUCAAGCGUAUCGAGCAAGUCAACUCAAUUGUCCAUGUUGUUAGUGAGAUCAAUCGAAAGGCCAUUGACGUUGCUAGAGAAAAGGAUGAAGAACGGUCUCGUGGCUUGGCUCAUGGAAGUCUUCAUGGAGUACCGAUCUUGAUCAAGAAUUUGUUAUUCACAACCGAUGGCCUCAAGACCACCUUUGGCUGCACCGGAUUCCUCGAAGCUAUCCCAAGUAUUGAAGCAACAACAAUUAUUAAACUUCGUGAACAAGGUGCAAUCAUAUUAGGAGUUGCAAAUGGCUCGCAAUGGGCUAAUAAUCGAUGCACUCCUGGUUGGUCUGCUGUAGGUGGUCAGUGUUUAGGUGUCUAUCAUAAAGAUCAACAUCCUAAAGCUUCAUCAUCCGGCAGUGCUGUUGGAACUGCUUUGGGACUUUGCGCUGCUGCUCUAGGGACUGAGACUUCUGGUAGCGUCAUAUUACCUGCGCAGAGAUCUGCUGUUGUAGGAAUAAAACCGACGGUAGGAAUGACUUCGAGAUAUGGAAUGUAUAUUUUGAGUGAUAGUCAGGAUACUGUAGGGAUAUUGGCAAGGAGCGUCAAGGAUGGAGCACUUAUGUUGACUGUGAUUGCAGGUGAGGAUGAGCAGGAUCCUAUCACCAUUUCCGAUCCUCGAGAUUCGAUAUUUUGCCGGAAGCCAAAUAAAAUCCCAGAUUUCACAGGAGCUUGUAAUUCUCGAAGGUUAGACGGUGUGCGAAUCGCAAUACCCCGCCAUAUUCUCAAGCACGUUGAUCCCACCACCAUCCAUCUUUUCGAAAACGCACUCGAUGCAAUGAGAUCCUUAGGAGCCACCAUUGUGGAUCCGACUUCAUAUUCAACAUUCAAUACCGAUAGAUCUUCAUGUACGGGUGACGAAUAUGAUAUCGCUUUAAAAGUAGAUAUAUACCACAAUAUCAAAAAGGCCCUCUCUUACUUCUCUACCAAUCCUCAUUCUCUAUACACCCUCUCCGAUGUAAUCACCUACUCAAUCGCUACCCCCGCUGAAGAAGCUACGAAACGUGGCCUCGGGCAUUUCGAAUCAGCUCUCGAAGUCGGCAAAAAGUAUGUCAGAGAUAGCGAAGAAUAUAGAAAUUCUAUGGUGGAAAGAAAUCAUAUGGGAAGACAAAUACCUAAAUUACUAGAUAAAUUCGAUUGCGAUAUGAUUGUCCUACCCACAAAUGUGGCGGUUGAACCGGCGGAUGUGGCAGGUUGUCCGGUGGUGAGUGUACCUAUGGAAUUUUAUCCCCCGGAAACGGAGAUUGUGAGACAGAAUGGGAUGGUGGAGGUCGGACCGGGGAUUCCACUUGGAAUAUCUUUCGUAGGAAGAAGAUGGGAUGAUGAGAAGUUGAUCGGAGCGGCGUAUGUGUAUGAGCAGGCUACCAGGUGGAAAGAUAAGGGGAGGAUGGUGGUAAGGUGUGAUGUUGAGGUAUGCGACAUGGUCGUGCGGGCUCAUAAAUAGUUUUUGAACUUCCAGAUUCUUGGUGGGAUUUGAAGUUGAAGCUGGUUGUUUGGAAUUAUAUUAGGGAAGGGCUUUUUUUAUCGCCUUGCUGGCGUGGAGAUGGAUGGAGAUUGAUAGAUUUUGAGGGUUUAAUAUAGAGUUGUCUAGUACGAGAUGAUUCACACAGAAGCAGAGUAACU